AUGUUUACGAAGGAAUUUUGCUCACAAAUUACUAUAUGCUUUAUAAUAUUUUUUGCAUGUGAGGGUGCAAAAUCUGAAAAUGUAUAUGGAGCAGAAAUGUUUUCCAUUAAAAUUGAACCUCGUAUGUUUAACUGGACUUUUCAAGGAUUAACCGAACAGUACAGUUACAGUUGUUCCUUGCUUGGGCUUCCUGAUCUUCCUUCAUGGUUACGCUACACAUAUAGUAAACAACAGCAUGCAGGCUUUUUAUAUGGUACUCCACCAGUUGUGCAACAGAAUUUGCAAAUCCAAGUGAUAGGCUUAAACUAUCAAAAUUAUGAAACACGAACUGCAAUCAUUGAGGUAAAUGUACACAAGAAACCACUGGCAGUUCGGCAUGAGGUACAACUAAAAAUUGAUAGCCUAAAUGUGGAGGAUAUGUUAGACCCCCAUCGUAUGGAUCGGUUAUUAGAUGUUUUUAAAAAGAAAAUGUGGAGAGAAGCGACUGAUAUCUAUGUAACAUUUGUAGAAUCAGCUAUUCAUUUAGGCGCUAGAUUGCCACUUAUGCCAGAUGAAAAAGAAGGAGUUGUUGUGAGAUUGGCUAGUUCUAAACCAUACUCCACUGAACUCACAGAAUUACAGGAGGAGGUAAAACCACUGUUCAAAUUGACUUCUUGCCCACGUGAUUUUAAAAGAACAACAGUUGAAAGAAUAUUUCGUGAUGCAGCAUUUGCAUUGGAUUGGUGUGCUUUUCGCUUGCAAGAUAAUUAUGGAUCUGUAUCAAGGCAUCAAUCAGAGGACUCAAAAAUAGCAUCAGAUCCCCAUGAUGCUGAAAGAUGGUUCAAUAUUAGAAAAGACCAAGUGCCCGAGAGAAGUUACAGUAAAGAUAUAACAAUGACAGUUUUAAUACCGGGUUCGAUUUUUAUUGUAUUCACUGCCAUGUUGUGGGUAGCUAUAUUUGAUGGCUCUUCCGAGGAUUAAAAUAGUUUACAUCAUAUCUUAUAUAUAGA